CAAUGCAAUAAUAAAUAUUCACGGUGUUCUGUCUUGAUGUUAUCCUCGACGUAGCCCAACGCCAAAUGACUGAAAAGGAAAAGGCACAAGGAAAAGAUCGAUAUUUAGAUUAAUGUUUUUGCAGUUGUUCCUUCAAGCCGCUGGGGGCAGUAGUGUUUCCACUGUUGCUGCUCAGUCACGGACGGACUGUGAAGAUGCAGCGAGACAAAACAAGUAACGCCAGUGCGGCGGAAAAGCCAGACCGGGAGGCAGCCAUCAUGUCCAAAUACUACGAUGGCGUUGAGUUUCCUUUUUGUGAUGAAUUCUCAAAGUACGAGAAAAUGGCCAAGAUUGGCCAAGGGACAUUUGGGGAGGUGUUCAAAGCAAAACACAGACAAACUGGGAAGAAGGUGGCCUUGAAAAAAGUUUUAAUGGAAAAUGAAAAAGAAGGGUUUCCUAUAACAGCUUUGAGGGAAAUAAAGAUUCUGCAGCUGCUUAAACAUGAAAACGUUGUCAAUCUAAUUGAGAUCUGCAGAACCAAAGCCACUCAGUUCAAUAGAUACAAAGGCAGUAUCUACCUUGUUUUUGACUUCUGUGAGCAUGAUUUGGCUGGUUUGUUGAGCAACUCUAAUGUAAAGUUCACUUUAGCUGAGAUAAAGAAGGUUAUGCAAAUGCUUCUUAAUGGACUCUACUACAUCCACAGAAACAAGAUCCUCCACAGAGAUAUGAAAGCAGCAAACGUCCUCAUCACUAGAGACGGUGUCCUCAAACUUGCAGAUUUUGGUUUAGCGCGAGCUUUCAGUUUGGCCAAAAACAAUCAAGGGAAUCGCUACACUAAUCGAGUCGUCACCUUGUGGUACAGACCGCCAGAACUACUGCUAGGUGAGCGUGACUAUGGCCCCCCUAUCGAUCUGUGGGGUGCAGGUUGUAUCAUGGCUGAGAUGUGGACGAGGAGCCCCAUCAUGCAGGGCAACACAGAGCAACAUCAACUCACUCUCAUCAGCCAACUGUGUGGAUCCAUCACAGCCGAGGUGUGGCCAGGUGUGGAUAAAAAGUAUGAACUCUACCAGAAAAUGGAGCUUCCCAAAGGCCAAAAGAGGAAAGUAAAAGAUCGUUUAAAAGCUUAUGUUAAGGACCCCUACGCUCUGGAUCUCAUUGACAAACUGCUGGUUUUAGACCCUGCACAACGCAUAGACAGUGAUGAUGCACUCAACCACGACUUCUUCUGGUCUGACCCCAUGCCCUCCGACCUCAAGAACAUGCUGUCUACACACAACACUUCCAUGUUUGAGUAUUUGGCUCCGCCCAGGCGGAGAGGACACAUUCCUCAGCAACAACCAAAUCAGAACAGAAACCCUGCCACCACCAGCCAGACAGAGUUCGACCGAGUCUUUUAAGAAAUAUUUGAAAAUUGCUGGAAGGCACCCAUUGUUUUAUGUUUUACUGAAAGAUGCGAAGUCUUAACAUUUUAAAAACAACGGUGCAAAAGCCAGCCUGUUUUCAGGCUUUUUUGCUUCGGUUGUUAACCUCUAUAAAUAGUGCUUGAAACUUGAACAAAACUGACUGUAUAGGUUCCUACAGACUGCUGUUUCAACGUUUUGCCUAUGUUUAGGUGCUCAUAAUUGUUUUAUUACAAUUUGUAUAAAAAUAGAAUAUUAUGUGUGAUAUUAUUAUUACAGGUUACUUUUUAUUACUUUCUUUUUUGCAAUUAUUAUUUCUCUGUCAGUUGCAUACUGAAAUUAAAAACAGUUUUAUACAAAUGA